AUGGUGCCCAACUUAACAUCCCUUGAGAGACUUCCCUGAGAGAUUAAAUCCCUUUUUAAAUAUUUUAAAUUCUUAGAUCUAAGCAUAUUAAUCCAUAUACGAGAGAUACAUCUAAGACUCUCCCACUGCUACCAUGGUGUUCCCAAAUAGAAACCAGUCCCUAAAUAGUUCCCUCUGGGCUCUUGUGGAGUACCACCUCUUCAAAAGUCACUACCAAGUCCUACUCAGCUCUCUAGGGAUGAUGCGACUCAAGGAGCACUGCAAUUUGAUACCAGACAGUUAAGCUGAACACUGAGUAGAGCCACUCCAAACACACAUGUAACAUAGAUACCCAGUUCAUGUGUGUCUCAUUGUUGUGGUGGCUGGCUAACUAAAACAAUUAAGGAAACAACACUCACUGAACCCAUCAACACUACCUACUCCUACCUUGACUUCCAGGAAGCAGUUAAUAAGCCCCAAACUGCUUCACUGUGA